UGGCAAACUGGUGGGGAACUCGUAGAUACAUACCUCUCGUGUCAGACAGCUCGUGCUCCGUGUGUCCGCCCGCAUACCACUGGAUUUUCAUCAAUUCCAAUGGAUUAAUUUGUUUGCAAUUACUAAAUUAUAUACUGAUAGACAAUAUUUGUACCAAGUAUUAAUGUGUUUUGAAAAGUGUCAUUGUUAAAUAUACAGCGUAGAAUUUAUCCAAUCAAUUUUAACGUUGGCUACGAAUACAUUAGUAUUUUUUUUGAGGAAAUGUAAGAAUUUGCUCAAGUUUAAAUAUUGUCAAAAAACGAAGAACGCAACCACACACUACUAUGUCCGCUGUUGAAAGCGCGUUGGACGUCCUGUCUAGGGCAGCUACGAUGAUGCAAGAAGAACGUCCAAAAACAACGAGUCUGCAUAGAAAGCCAAGUAGCGCGUGGCGAAAGGAACGUAGGAAGGACCCUAUUCAGAGCGAGGCCCUCGACAUGUCGGCUGCUAGGGUACAUCACAAUCGACCCAGCGUUAUUGUUCCAGCUGCACCUCAACCUGGAACGACGAUUGAAGAUACCGCAGUAACACCAACACCAACAGCAACACCUUCAGCAGCGAUAGGUGGUCAACGAACUGGAAUUAGAAGUUCGGGUAUUGUAAGUGAUCCAGCUAUAGAUGAACAUUUUAAAAGAUCUUUAGGCCUUGAAGAAUAUGCUGCAGUUUUCAAUGGUUCAUCUCUCAACACAGAUAAAGAAACAGGUCUAAGCGUGGAUGAUCAUUUUGCUAAAGCACUGGGUGAAACUUGGACAAGGUUAAAAGCAACUCGUCCAAGCAAAGAAUCAACAUAACGUUAUGGAAUAGUAAUAAAGUCAACAUAAAUUAUAAAUGAUUGCUCACUACUAUAUCAUUUUUUUACGUGUCGCAAUUCCAUUAGUCGCUAACUAUUAUAU